AUGAAGCGUUAUGGUAAAGCCCUAUUUGUUUACCUGAACUCGGCGAGGUCACUUAUAAAUCCGAGUUCAAUAUACAAAAUCAAAUGUGUGGAGAGCGGUGAUGGAGGAAGCGGUGUUUGGACAAUGUAUGCAUUGAGGAAAUGGCAGCCAUUGUUUGGCAGGAAAUCUUUUAUACCCCGCCGGCAGUUGUUUGCGGCUCCGACUCCCAUAACAAACGCUCGAGCCAAUAUUCACGGAACCUUUAACAGAUCCGACAGAGUGCAAUCUGCUUACAUUUCCCGGAAUAUAGUCAAAACAAUGGCCGACCAGAUAUAA